CUUAUAGUCACCAGUGCCCCCGGGAUGUCUCUGAAGCCGAUGGCUCGGCAUCUGCGCAACAUGCAGGUGAUGGCGAUGCGACAGAUGUUUCGCCCGUCGCGCUACAGGCUGCAUCCUUUUGCUGGAGCUGCCCGUUCAUUCGCUGUGGCUGCCAAAGAGCCUGAGUACCACACUGGUGGCAAUUUUGAAGGGUAUCACCUUUUCCACAGAAGUGCGCCCUUUACUUUCCGCAAUGGUGAGCAAAUCCCCGAGUUGCAAAUUGCCUACGAAACCUGGGGUCACUUGAACAACAAGAAAGACAAUGUCAUUCUUUUGCAGUGUGGUAUGUCAGCCUCUUCCCAUGCUUGCUCUCAUGCUCGGAAUCCUGCGCCGGGUUGGUGGGAGGAAUAUAUCGGCCCUGGUAGACCUUUGGACACGAAUUUGUUCUAUGUGAUUUGCACUAACAACCUUGGUGGGUGCUAUGGUUCAAGUGGGCCAUCUGCGAUCAACAGCCACACCGGCCAACGAUAUGGAAGCAGCUUUCCGCGCUUCGAGGUGCAAGAUCAGGUAGCAGCACAGUUCGUUCUCCUAGACCACUUGGGAAUCGACCAGGUUCAUGCCUGUGUUGGUGCAUCCUUGGGAGGCAUGCAGAGUGUUUGCGCUGCCUCGAUGUUCCCGGACCGUGUUCGCAAGUUUGUUUCGAUCUCCGCCUGUGCCAAGAGCUUUCCAGGUAGUAUUGCCUUUCGCCAUGCCCAACGUCAGGCAAUCAUGUCAGAUCCCAAUUGGCGAGGAGGGGACUACUACGAUGGCCAGUUACCAGCAAAUGGCUUGAGAUUGGCGCGGCAGCUUGGAACGAUCACCUACCGCUCUGGUCUGGAAUGGCAGCAGCGCUUUGGUCAGAGCUUGGCCAAGGGCAUCACCAAGAGAGAAGGUCUCAAGAACGAGUUCAUGAUCGAGAACUACCUGGCUCACCAGGGAGAGAAGUGGGUCAAUGCCUACGACCCCAACUCACUCUUGUGGAUCUCAAAGGCCAUGGAUGGAUUUUCGCUGGAGAAGCCCGACAGGGAUGGCAAGCCCAGCCUUCUGGAGGGUCUGAAAGAAGCCAUGAUGCCCGCGCUGGUCAUCGGAGUGCAGCAUGAUGUACUGUUUCCCGUUUGGCAGCAGAAGGAGAUUGCCGACACGUUGCGAAAGGCAGGAAACAAGGGAGUGGUCUACUACGAGCUGGACUCCAUCUACGGACACGACUCCUUUUUGUUGGACGCCGUGUCCAUUGGCCCGGCCGUGAAAGGUAGCGGCUCUUGGACUUUUUUCUUGGAGGAUGCGAGCGGUGGACACACUCGUGCUGUCGCGACUUGUGGCAGGCCAUCUAGAACAGGAGUUGGCGAGCAGCGCUGUUGGAUUUCUUCAGGCCAUCAGCCAGAGGGGAAGCACCGCCGACAGCAUGAGGGACAUUUUCCGAGCGCUGGGAAAUGGCGAAAAGGAGGUGGAGCGCGAUCGGCUGAAAGCCAUGGUGAAGUUGGUGUGGUCCGGUCGCGUCAACGAGGCAGCUGUUGACAAAGCAUUUGAGUCAAUGGCCAAAGAGCCUUUGAUGGAGCUCAAACAGUUCAUGGACAUGCGACAGGCGCUGACGGAAGCUAUGAGUGACACCUACUUGCCUUGAAGCAGCCAUGAUGCGAUGCCAUGGGAACUAUUUCCAGAAUUCUUCGCACCAAAUGAAGGUUUUCCGAAAGAUCCGCCAUCCAAAGAUCCUCCAGAUGAACCUGUCGAUGGGCA